CCAGUAUAUAAGAACGAUGACUGCCGGCGUCGUCACCAGCAUCAGUUCUCCACAUUACCAUGUCGCAACCCAUUGAAAUCACCCCAUUGAAGGACACUCCCUUGUUCUCCCCCAUCAAGGUGGGCCAGAACGAGUUACUCAACAGAGUGGUGUACCCACCAACCACCAGAAAGCGGUCCUUGAAAGACUGCACCCCAUCCGACUUGAACGUCGAGUACUACGACGCCAGAUCCAAGACCAAGGGCUCGCUCCUCAUCGCUGAGGCCACCUACGUGGGUCCCCAAACCAUUGGAAUUCUCGACACCCCAGGCAUCUUCACCGACCGCCACGUCAAGGCCUGGAAGGCUGUCACCGACAAGGUGCAUGCCAAUGGGUCUUUCAUCGGAGUCCAAGGGUGGGCCUUGGGCAGAAUUGCCAGCCCCUCGGUGUUGAAGGAGGCAGGCAUCGAUCUCCACGGUCCUUCUGCCAUCUACCCAGAUGAGGAAUACGAAAAGGCUGCCAUUGCGGCUGGAAACCCUAUCAAGGCGUUGACUGAGCAAGAAAUCCACGACUACAUCUACAAGACGUUCUCCAGCGCUGCCAAGAACGCCAUAGCUGCCGGUUUCGACUACUUCGAGAUCCAUGGUGCCCAUGGCUACCUUGUGGACACCUUCCUUCACCCUUCCAGUAACCAGAGAACUGAUAAGUACGGUGGCUCCAUCGAGAACAGAGCUAGAUUCGUGUUGGAGCUCGUGGACCACUUGAGUGAGGUCAUUGGUGCUGACAAGCUUGCCAUCAGACUUUCGCCAUGGGCCAAGCACCAGGGUAUUAAGGCCGAGCUCGAGGAAGUCCACCCCAUCACCACCAUCAGUUACUUGUUGCACGAGUUCCAGAAGAGAGCUGAUGCUGGCAAACAAUUGGCCUACAUUUCCAUCGUGGAGCCUAGAGUCAGUGGUAACAAGAGUGUUGCCGUUGAAGACCAGACUGGUAGCAACACCUUUGUGGGAGACAUAUGGAAGGGUGUGAUCCUCAAGAGUGGUAACUACUCAUACGAUGCACCAACCUUCAACACCUUGAAGAAAGACGUGGCCGACAACCGUACCUUGGUUGGGUUCUCCAGAUACUACACCUCCAACCCCGACUUGGUUGACAGAUUGUACCAUGGCCACAGCUUGGAACCAUACGACAGACCUACUUUUUACACCAACAACAACUGGCGUUACAACACCUACACCAACCACGGUGAAGAGAACACUCACGAUCAAGAAGUAGAGGAGAAGAGAACUGUGAAGGAGAUUUCCGUCACUGCAUAAGUUUAGCGAGUAUAGACGAAUAGAAUAACGAAAUAGUUCGAUGUAGCCUGACAAGAAGGAUUAGAGAGAUACAUCUCGGGGAUUAUUAAUAGAUGAGUAAGU